AUGAUGGAGAAUUUCAGGCAGACGUACCUGCGGCUCUGUAAAGACGGAGGUGUGGAGCCUCAAGAGAGCGUUGUGAUUCAGCUUCAGGAGAGCAGGACAACUCACAGCUCCAGACUGGACCUGAGUGGACAGAGUCUGUCCGCAGAUACCUGCUCUGCUCUGGCCAGGGCCUUACAGCAAGACACCGUCUUCACAGAGCUGUUGCUCUGUGACUGCAUGCUCAGUGAGGAAAGUGCUAAAAUCCUCCUGACUGGACUGUUUGAUAACACAACUGUAAAAGUUCUGGACCUAAAGGGAAACAACCUCAGAUCAGUGGGAGCGGAGGUUCUGGGGAAGUUGUUGGCUUGUAACAAGACUCUGCGCAGGUGGAACAACGUUGGUCUGCUGGGUGGGAGGGCCCUGCUAGAGGCGCUUCAGAAAAACAAGAGCAUCAUUCAGCUGGAGUUGGCAGGAAACAACAUCCCCAGUGACAUACUGAAAGCUCUUGAGCAGAGCACAGGACAUAACACGGAGAGGCAGUCUACACUGAGAGAAAGCCACAGCAAAACUCAAGUCCUCAGCAAAGAGAUUCAGUCUCUAAAGGAGGAGAAAGGUCGACAGUUCCUUAGUCUGAUGGAGACCAUAGCGAAGCAGAAAGACGAAAUAGGACGGUCCAAUAGGUCAACUUCGGUUCAGAUUGGUCAACUCCAAGAAGCUUUGAGUGAGAGGAAGACAGCCAUCAACUCUCUCACUGCUAAAAUGCAGAUGACAGAAGCAGCCCUCGCCCUUGCUGAGCAGAAAAACCAGAACAUGGGGGAACUGCUGUGUCGAGUAAAGGCUGAGAAAGAAGAGCAGAGGGAGCAGCAAAGCAGACUGAGAAAGAAAGAAGGAGAGGAAAGUGCACUCAAAGAGGAAAAGCUCCACAGAGAAGUUCAGAACUUGAUGGAACGCAAUGGUCAACUCAGGAAUAAGGUAGAGGAAAUGGAACGCCGAUGUAAGUCUCAGCAGCAGCAGAUCUUUGAGCUGAAGCAGGAAUUAACUAACAGCACAGCUGAGCUCAAGAUGCGACUAGCACAGGCAGAAGAUCGUCUGGAAACAGAAAAGCGAAGGUCCAAGCAAGUCCUGGAAGAUGUAGAAAGUCUUCGCCAGCAAGAGAUAGAGCACCUCAAUCGUCAUCUAGAAGAGAGUGAGAGAGCUUUGCAGGAUCGUAUCUUCAAACUUGAAGGACAGAGGAUACAAUUGGAGGAGGAGCUAAGCAAAACUAAAGCAGCCAACAUUACAGAGAAAGCCCAAGCAGGGGAGGAACUGGGAAGAACCAUUGCUCAAGUGCGUCAGGAGGAGCAGGAACGUGUGUCUUCCCUGGAGGAGAAGCUCCGCUCUGUGCGUUCAUCCAUGCAGGAGAUGCAGCUCCGCGGCUCCCAGCAAAAACAAACUAUUUCUGAACUGCAGGCCAAGAACAGCCAACAGACCUCAGAGAUGGACAGCUUGAGGCGAAGGAUGGACGAGCUACAACAGGAGCUUUCAGGCAAAAACCAAGAGAAAGUGGCUGAGGUGAACCGUGUGAGAGUUGAGCUACAGGAGCAGAUUGGGUUUUUACAAGCAGAGAGGACGGCUCAGGAGGGACUGAAAGCUAAGAUCAGUGCUCUGGAGAGAGAAAUGAAAGUAAUGAGCAAUACCCACAGAGAGGUGCUGCUUGACAGAGAAAGUGAGAAGUCUUCCUUGUUGGAGAAGCUGCGACUAAAAGAGGCCGAAAUCCAAAGAAUUAGAGAGGACGAAGCCCAUCGAGCCAGCUGCCUGCAGAGCGCCAUCCUUGCCUACAUUCAGGGCUCUCCUUUGGGACACUACAGCAGCCCAAAUAAAUGA